AUGGCGAGUCAAGAUGCCUACUACUCUGUUUCGACCUUGGCGGUUAAACCUGAGAACCAAGAAAAGGUGGUCGAGUUCUUUGCCCGUGUAGCCAAGGCGACCGAAGAGCUGGAGCCUGCUGCCCAAAUCUACCGGUGGUACAAAGUCGAGGGCAAAGACGAAUUUGUUUUCAUUGAAAAGUUCACCAGCGAGCAGGACUACCGUGCGCAUCAGAAAUCAUCGCAUGUGCAGGAGCUCUACCGGGAGUACCUUCAGUAUCUCUCGGAGCCAUUUGUAUUCCACCCUAUUGAUACUUCCAAGGACAGGCUUGUGGGCGGUUUCGAAAGAGCCUGA